AUGAUUGGGAAUUCCAAUCAACAACACGUGGGGGAUUCCCGUCGCGUAGCGCUCGGUACCCGUGUGCCGUUGGGACGACGCGGAACCAAGGACGAUGCGAAACCCACUCCCAAGCCGUCGUCGUCGUUGCACGUGACGUUCCCGCGAACAACGCCCCUCGAUAAGGAAAAUGGACACGGAAUCCGUCGUGACGGCCGGCCGACAACAACCGCAACGAAGACUAGUACUACUGGUAGUGGUAGUAGUGCUCGUCUGGAUGCCAAGAGCACGACGACGACGACGACUCCACGUGAGGUGAGCUUUCGCAGUGUGCUACGGGCCACCGUUACACCCCGACGUCCCCACCAAAGUACCGUUCCGUCACGCUUGCCACCGCACACUCCGGCGGUUCCCGCACCCGGACGACACCAGAUCGCGACAACGCCGCGGUCACUACUCACCAACGAACUCGAGUUACUGGACGGUGACGAUACCUUCUUGUGCUCACCAGCCGUCGGGACACCGAGACUGCCUUUACCAACGUUUCACAUGCCGGAAGCGACUCCAGCAAUCCAGGAAUCGGCAAAAGCGGUUGAGGGUCCCGUACCGUCCAUGGAACCCACUAGGUCUACCCAGCACCCGCGUCUCCCACCCGUAGUUCCGGCUGUCCCGAUUUCCGUUCCCAACUCCCAGGCUCCCUCCACCCGACCUCCCGUAGCGGAGCCACGCAUGCGUCCACAGGCCAGUCAACAACUACCUACCACUAAUCGCACAGUUGUAUCCCGUGUUGAGGCUCCUCCGCCUUCCACGCAAUCGCGCUGGGCCCGGAAUCGUCUCUCUACCUACCCGACACCUUCGCCGACUCCCUUUACGCCACGAGGCGUCUGUAUGGACUUGUCCGACAUGUUUCAAGACGCUUCGUUUUCUACUCGCGCCACGGCACACAAAAGUGCUUCUCGUGCUCACGUGCCGCACUCCGUUACCAGUCGACGCGCCUUGCUCGCCUCCGUCGCCAAACCCACUCCGGCGGAUACUUCUCUACUAGACAAUGAACAGGAUCACGACUGGGCUGAUCAACAAUGUCAGGCUUUUUCUUCCUGGCUCAACUACACCUUUACUCCCUCGGAAGACAAGGACCACGAAGCGGCCUUGGCGUCGGAAACCACGCACGAAAGGGGUGUCGCCUUACGCACCCUCGUACUACACCAACGCAUGGCCCAAGCCCGUCGCUCCGCCCUCGCCCUCUUUCACACCGAUCCCGUCCUCCAAAAGAGCCGUCAACGAUUGUUGCAGGAAAUCAGCAAGGGAAAACUACGGAUUCGCCCGGACCGGGAUUUGGCCGUCAAUCUCACGCUCCGCAACCAAGCCGUCGCACUCUGUUUGUCCUACUCCACACCCUGGCUCCGACUCGGGUUGGAAACAUUGUUCGGGGAAAGCAUACUGCCGUCCGUACCGCACCACUUUUCGCCCCACGGUAACCCUGUCGCCUCGCGCAAGGUGCCCACUACGCGCAUGAAAGCGGCGCUCCAGACCUUUUUGAUUCAACGCGUCUUGUCCGACGAUCUCGUCCUGGCCAAGUACACCAAAGGACUCUGCAAGGUCCCGUCCGGUAGCUUCGAAACCAAAUACCGAGCCGAAAUACGCAACCUCGCCCUGUACCGUCUCUUGCUCCUUUUUCUCUUUCUGGAUCGUGCGAAAGAAAAUAAUCUAUUGGACAAGGCACCGCGAUUGUUCGCCAAAACGGCCUCGGUCAAAUCGACCCGGGAAGUACUGCUCACGUUUUGCCGCGAUUUCUUGUCGUCCGAAGGUGAUUUCGUUAAACACUUGUCCCGCAUGGGAAUCCAAGUGCACUACAAGCAAGAACCUGUGGACGAGUUGGAUUUCACCAUUACCAACCUUGCCGUAGAUCUGCGCGACGGAGUGCGCUUGGCACGCUUGCUCGAAAUUCUCUCGCAUGCACCGCGCAAGUCGCUUUUGGUGAAACUGCGGUUACCAGCUGUCUCUCGUCUGCAAAAGCUCCACAAUGUCGGGCUGGUACUCCGACGUUUUCGGAACAUGGGGGUGCCCCUGUCGGACGAAGUAGUCGCUCACCAUAUUGUCGACGGACACCGCGAAAUGGUGCUCAAGCUCAUGUGGGCUGUGGUUGCCCAUUGUUGUUUGAACGAUCUCGUAAACGUUCAUGCGGUCGAAGCCGAAAUUGCUCGUGUGGAACGCGCCCACCGGCAAGCCGUUGUUUACCAGAAUUACGAACCCGACGUUAAGGUCCCUUCCGUACUGGAAGAGUUGCAUUCUCUCCUACUACGCUGGUGCCAUGCCGUCUGCUCCACCUUGGGAACGGCGGUCCGGAACCUGACGACCGACUUUGCCGACGGCCGUGCCAUUUGUCUGUUGAUUCACUACUAUCACCCCGCACUACUGCGCUUGUCCGAGAUUCGACCAACGUCACGUUUUUCGCCACGAUCGCUGACGCAAGUCCGUGCCUUGGAAAAUGAAAUGUACAAUUCACAACUGGCCAACACACGCAUGUCCGAGCUGGGUGGUAUUCCGAGAAUCGUGCCCGAGUGCGAUACGAACAACGUCCCGGAAGCUAAGUCCAUGCUACUCUGCCUUUCCUUUCUGUGUUCCCGUCUGUUGGAGUCUAGUACAGAGAUCCGUGCGAUUCUUCUCAUUCAGAAUCGGUACCGCGCCUACCGGAAAGCUCGGUUGCGUCGACGACAACGGCAUUCCACUACGGCCCAGCCGUCCGGAUCAUCGAACGAUUCGUACGAAAUGGUAAGGAGAGACUGA